GUUGAAAAUUAAAAGGGCAUAUCUUCAACAUUCGUGGUCAAGAAAAAAACUUUUGUAUACACACACACACAUACACACGCAUAUAUAUACACGUACACCUGCCCCCGAAAGCAGAAUCACUCGACAGCUCCAUUAAUCACAAACCCAUCUCCCAUAGAGAGAGAGAGAGAGAGAGAGAGAGAGAGAGAGAGAGAGAGAGAGAGGGAGAGAUCAUGGAGAAGAAGAGAGUGUUGAUGGUGUUGGGAAUGAUCUUGUUGAUGGUCUCAUUGAAGUUUGGUGAAGUUGAAAGCAGAGCCCUACGAUCAAAGGAAGGGGAGAUGAACGGCUGUGAUCACCCGCCGGCGGCGCCGGAGGAGGAGGCCGGCGGUGGGUUUGGGUCCUUUGCGGCGGCGGCGAACAAUUCAAGGGGUCGUACAUGGAAGAGGAGCUUAGCUUUUAGGUUGGCUUCGGGGCCAAGCAGGAAAGGCCCUGGACAUUGAAGACUUCUUCUUCUUCUUCUUAUCUUUUGAUGAUCUAUUCAUUACGUGGAUUUGGAUUGGAUUUGUACAUCUCUACAUUUUUUUUAUUUUAUAGGAUAAGAAUUGGUUUAUUCAAAUGUGAUGUGGUCUUAGAAAUUAAUUUUGAUGGGCAUUUUUUUAUUUUUCAUAAACCAAUGUUGUACUUUGUAAAAGUUUUUUUUCGUUGAGAUAAGGAAAUUUUAUUUUA